CCAACGUAAAACGUAAGCCCAUGGUUAAAACCAUUCCCAGCUUUUAGUUUUUGGCUUGUGGCUUGUGGCUUGUGGCUUGCGUGUUCUCUCUUCCUCUCUUAAGAAAAUAGCAGAAGCACUGUCUCAAAUGGGGCUCUCGAAUUUCCCAAGUGCAGCAGAGGGCGUGCUGCCAUUGCUAGUAAUGAACACAGUUUUUUCCGUGGCUCUGCUAAAAAACAUGGCAAGAUCUGUGCUUCAAGUGAUGCGUGCCAAUAUCAAUUCCCACACUUUCGAAGAGAACUCAGAUGGGUGUCCUGAGGAAAUUUCUAGAGAGAGAAGAAUCUCCAUAACACAGUUUAAAUCUUUCUGCAGAAACGGGGGAAAAACACAGUGCUGUGUCUGUCUCUGUGGGUUCGAAGCAGAGCAAGAAGUGAGUGAGUUGUCCUGCAAGCACUUCUUCCACAAAGGUUGUCUGGAAAAGUGGUUCGACCACAACCACCGUACAACUUGCCCUCUUUGCCGCUCCAUUGACUGAAAAGAUGAGGGUUUUUUGGUUUUUGAGGUUUGUGUGUUAUGGAGUUUUGGGUUCAUCAGCUGUACUUUUUUUUGCUUAUAUUAUCUUGUUAUUUUUAGCACAAAUUAGAAAAAGUGUUUACCCCUUGGUUUAUUUGUGUGUGCGUCCAAGUACCAAGAGGAUUAAAAGAUAAAAAAUAAAGGAAGGAAUUGGAGCA